UUCUCUUCUUUUUUUUCAAAAUGUUUCACGUAAAUAGGCCAGGACCCUUUCUGGAAAGGUUAAAAACUUCAAUUAUACCAAAUCGGAUUCAUGUUCCAAGUCAAAUAGACGAAGAAAGCUUGCCCUUACGAAUUGGUACAAACGUAUCAAUAAAGAAAUUCAACAAGUUUCUUGAGUAUAAAGCACCUCGCGGAUACAAAUACCAACACGACGAUAACGGCAAUGUGUUUAUCGUCGACAUGUCUAAUACAGAACAUGCAAGAGUCGCUUUUACUUUAGGCAUUUGUUUUAAUGCUUUCAAUGGUCCAGGCAUUCCAGCGCCUAAUCGUCCAAUAGUAAUUUCAACCGAUACACUUCAUCCUAGUCCCGUUGUAAGCAUACUGAGAAGAAGGAGGAAAAUGGCCCCUGACCUCGCAAUAGCUCCAAAUGAACCUUACGUCCCAAAACCUACUGUUCCCUAUCCGGGCCCUCCUCCGAGCGACAAUAAUGGUAACUCGCAUGCAAGGAUAAUAGUUGAGUUAGGCAAUCAUCAAUCGGUCCGCGACUGGAUAGCCAAAUGUCAAUUGUGGUUGCAGGUGGUUUACGUCCGCUACGUGUUUGCAAUCAAAUUGCAUAAACCAAAUAAUGCGAGAGAUGCCCAAGGUCGAAAAUAUAGAGCGAUGACAGCAAGGCUCUGGACGCAAGGAGCAGGUUAUCGAGAGUGGGAUUUUGGAUCAAUUCCAAGAGGGGGCCGUAUCCAACGAAACAGACCUAUUCCCACCACUGGAUGUAUCGGUCCGGGACUCCCCGCUUUUGUAGUAAACAUUCCAGUUAAUGAGAUUUUCUUUAAUCCGCCAACAAUCCCACCUCCUGCUGGAUACAUUCCUAUUGCGCCAGUUGGAAUUAAUCCUGGUGCUAAUUUUACUAUUGAUCUUUACUACAUUCAACAAGAGGUCUUAAUGUCGCAAAGGAAUUGAUUUCUUAGAUAAUAUAGCUUCGUACCUCACAAAAGUAUUUUAUUUAUAAAAAAAAUGUUGCAAUUAAUAAUUUUAUUUUUUUUUUAAAAAAAAAAAAAAAUACAGGCGAUUUUUUUUUUUAGCAAUAAACACUUCUAAAAGUUAUUA